AGUAAAUUUGUCAUCGUGGCAUGUUUACAGUUUGGUGAGAAAUUUGUAGGAAAAGGAGUGAAUUUUAUGUGGAUUUUAGUGUAAAAUUUAGAACUUUUAUAGCCUGUAUUGCUGUAUUUAUUAGAUACCAAUAGAUUCCUCAUAUUUAUUUACACAUCUGUAUGCUAAGAGCGGAACAUUUUCCUCAACAUUAAACGUGUGAUAAGUGUAGUAUGAUUGAUUAUCUCUGGUCCAUCUAAAGAUCAAUUUCACAAUAGCGAGAAAUCCAGUUUUGAAGAUGGGAAGCUAUAAGGAAAUACUUUGUCAGAGGUUCCCCCUUAUUGAUUCUGUGGUAAUUCAAUACAUUGAGGAAGUUAUGGAGGGCAGCAAUGAUGAUUUCUUCACUGGGAAUGAUGUGUACGAUGCUGUGGGUGAGGUGCUGCAUGAGAUUGCCCGAGAGAAAUCCGAAGAGGAUAUCAGGGAGAUCUGUCAGUUGCUGUAUAACAAAGUGUCACUGUCUGGCAAUGCCUACCAAGGUAGUCAGAAAAAGAUUUUGGAUGCUCCAGUGCAGUUGGAAGAGAUGGCAAAUCGUGACAUUGACACAAUGAAGGAUAUCAAUAGUAUCUGGGUGAUUGGAAAAGGGGCGGGGAAUACGAAAGUCGAUGCUAAGAAGCUGGAAAAGGCUGAGGCCAAGUUGCAGCAGAAGCAGGAAAAGCGGCAGGAUGUUAAGCCAGCAAAACCACCUCCUGUGCAACUUAUGACAGCUUCGGCAUCCCAAAUGAUCAGUAAGAAGGAUAACAAGAUGCAGGCCAAAGGUGUGGGCAGGAGUAUGGACUUUAAGAUUGAGAACUUUGACAUUAGCUUCGGGGACAAGGUGCUGCUGAGGAAUGCUGACCUCAAUCUGGCUGGAGGACGGCGUUAUGGUUUGGUGGGACGCAAUGGUCUGGGUAAAACCACAUUGCUGCGAAUGAUCUCCAGUUCACAGCUUCAGAUUCCGCCGCAUAUUACGGUGCUGCAUGUGGAACAGGAAGUUGUGGGAGAUGACACAAUUGCACUGGACAGUGUCCUGGAACAGGACACCGUACGGUCGAAUCUACUGCGAAGGGAGAAGGAAUUGCUUUUGGGGGAUCAGGAAGGAGGUGCUACGGAAGAAUUGGCAGAUAUCUAUCGACAAUUGCAAGAGAUUGAGGCAGAUAAAGCACCGGCUAAGGCAUCAGUGAUCCUCAGUGGUUUGGGCUUCACGAAGGAGAUGCAGAGUGCAGCCACGAGGACAUUUUCUGGUGGCUGGAGGAUGCGUCUGGCACUGGCCAGGGCACUUUUUUCAACACCAGAUCUGCUGUUGCUCGAUGAACCGACAAAUAUGUUGGACAUCAAAGCCAUCAUCUGGUUGGAGAAUUAUCUGCAAACAUGGCCAAAUACCCUGAUUGUUGUCUCACACGAUCGCAAUUUCCUGGACACGGUGCCCACGGACAUUCUCUAUUUGCACAGUCAGCGAAUUGAUCACUACAAAGGUAACUAUGAGCAGUUCGAGAAGACAAAGACGGAGAAGUAUAAGGCCCAGAAGCGUGAAUAUGAUGCCCAGAUGGCCAAUAGGGCUCAUGUGCAGGAAUUCAUUGAUCGCUUCCGGUACAAUGCCAAUCGAGCCGCCAGUGUACAGUCCAAGAUUAAGAUGCUGGAGAAAUUGCCGGAAUUGCAGCCGGUUGAGAAGGAACCUGAGACAAUUAUCAAAUUGCCAGAUGUUGAACCCCUCAAUCCACCAAUUCUGAUGGUGACCGAUGUAGCCUUCGCCUAUGAGCAGGAUAGUAUCAAACGGCCCAUUUUCCGGUGUCUCAAUCUCAAUGCCAAUCUCCAGUCCCGGAUAUGCAUUGUGGGGGAAAAUGGAGCCGGCAAGACUACUCUCCUGAAAAUUAUCAUUGGAACACUGGAUCCGACAUCGGGCAUUGUCUUUACCAAUCGUAAUCUCAAAUUUGGCUAUUUUUCUCAGCACCAUGUGGAUCAGUUGGAUAUGAAUCUGUGCUGCGUUGAGGUGCUGCAGAAGGACUUUCCGGGGAAGGCCAUUGAGGAAUAUCGUCGACAAUUGGGCAGUUUUGGAAUUUCCGGUGAUCUGGCCCUUCAAUCUGUGGCAAGUUUGUCCGGUGGACAGAAAUCCCGUGUGGCUUUUGCCAAGAUCUGCAUGGCCAAUCCCAAUUUUCUCAUUCUCGAUGAACCCACCAAUCAUUUGGACAUUGAAACCAUCGAUGCCCUGGGCAAGGCACUAAAUAUAUUCCAGGGAGGCGUUAUUCUUGUCUCUCACGAUGCCCGCUUGAUUAAAAUGGUGUCCAGGGAGCUGUGGGUGUGCGGAGAUCAGGAUGUCAAGACAGUCGAAGGGGGCUUCGAUGAGUACAGAAAAAUUGUGCUGAAGGAACUCGAAGCAGCUGCCAGUUAAAUCCCGCAAAAGGGGAUGUAAAUAAAUUUUGAUCAAAUUGUCUAUAAAACUGAGAGAGAUAACUUUUUGCAUUAAAAAGUCUCGUAAUUAUUAGGAAAA